AUGGCUUCCAUUGGUUUGGCAGCAUCGAUAACUCGCGCGGGAUACAUCAUCAAGAUGUUCGAUACUCAAUUUGACCCAAAUACCGACUAUCGCCCGGUGAACCUCCCAUCUCUCUCAGCCUACGUGACACAAUACGCAUUGGUCCCCCCCACAAAAUUCCUCGCCAGCGUCCGAAGUUUCAUAUCCCUCCGUUGCAACCAAUCAUCACCUCGAGACCAGUCGACACAAGAAGUGGUAAAGCCCGAUAACCAAACCGAGAUCUCCUCGACCUCGAUGGCAAAAGUUUAUGCCACUGAUAACAACAAAGUCGAAGUAUACGCCAUGCAAGACCUCGAAGCGCAGGAGCAACACAUUGUCGCCCCCGGAGGAGCAAUAGUGGUGGACUCGCAGGUGUCACAAACUAGACACGAUAAAGCCGAGCAGGAACAAAUUAGCCAACAGCUGUACCCAUUCGCAGAGGGAGUUACUGGUCACCGCUUCUUUCUAGAGGAAAGCAUGUUGUACAUUCUAGUUCCUUGUGCCGAUCAACACCUAUGA